AGUCCUACGUGUUUGACAUUUGCUGUGUUUCAGGGUCCCGCUAGGCUAGUUUUUGGUUGGUUUACACUUAACUUACAGCGAAGGAGCUUGCAUUUGUUUCUGUGUUAAACACAACAGAUCCAAAUCUAAGCAACAAACAACCUUUUUUGAACAUUAGAUCCAAUAAUACACUCUCCUUUCUUCCCUAUUUGCCUUAUUGUGAAAGCUUCCCUCGUCGUGAUUUGAUGAUCUAAACAAAAGAUACCGGUUUCUGUGAACCCGCAUAUCAUACUGUGGAUCCGCCCCUGGUUGGGUUAACAAUGGAUAAACUCCACAAAUAAGGUGUAGUAUUCUGUGCUCGACAUUUAACUAAAGCAAUCAUGUCUAGAAGGCCCGGAAACCCCACACGGCGCUUUGCUGGUGGUGGAAGCCUCGGGGGCAUUUUUCAUCCAAAAUCGCGCCCUACUCCUUUAUUACCUACAGUACUUCUCAUUCUUGGUGCUGUCCUUGUUGUUGGCUAUUUCUAUCGAGGCUCAGGUACAUCUGGAAGUUCAGCACUCCGCAGGCUUGAAGGUGAAUUUACCUGCACUUCGGAGCUUCAGCUGGCUAUACCUUAUCUAAAGCAGGCAUAUGGUGACAGCAUGCGCAAAGUUUUGCACGUUGGACCUGAUACUUGUUCUGUGGUGUCCAAACUAUUAAAAGAAGAAGAAACUGAAGCAUGGGGUGUUGAACCUUAUGAUGUUGAGGAUGUUGAUGCAAACUGCAAGAACCUUAUCCGCAGAGGAAUAGUACGUGUGGCAGACAUCAAAUUCCCAUUACCCUACAGGCCAAAAUCAUUUGCUCUUGUUAUCGUGUCGGAUGCGGUAGAUUACUUAUCUCCUAGAUACCUAAACAAGACUAUUCCAGAGUUAGCAAGGGUGUCGGCCGAUGGUCUAGUCAUUGUUACAGGUUACCCUGGUCACUCCAGAGCUAAAGUUGCCGAGCUAUCGAAGUUUGGACGCCCUGCAAAAAUGCGGAGCUCAUCUUGGUGGGCACGCUUCUUUGUCCAGACCAGCCUACAAGAGAAUGAUGCUGCAAUCAAAAAGUUUGACAAGGCUGCAGCUAGCGAUGGAUACAAGUCUAGGUGUCAGAUUUUCCAUGUUAAAUCAUUUCAUUAACGCGUCAACCAUCUCACAAUUCAGGGGAGCAAUCUCUUCAUUGUCGGUGAUUUUUUAGCAGGUCUUUAUAAGUUUCAUUUUUGCACCUCCCACAGCAAGAGGAAAAAAAAUGCAGGAAUGAAGAAAUGUAUCCUGCAUCAUUUUGAGUAAUUCAAUAUGUACAAGCAGAUUAAUUAAAAGUUGAAAACUUUGGUUACCAUCAAUUUCAUACAGCCAACACAUCUUGUAGUUAAAAGGUUUAGUGUUUGGUACGAAUUGUUAUCUGUAUUAUUUGUUGCCUACAUCUUUAUUAUCAGGAUGUUGCUGUACCCAGCAUUAAAUUUCUCUGUAUGGUAAAAUCUGUUUGCUUUUCUGCC